AUGGAUGGAUCGAUCCCAUUGUCCUUGGCGAGCAACGUGUCUCGAUCUCACAGCCUCAAGGACGAACACGCGAACUGCUCCUGCUGUACGACAGGGACGUUGAGGAAGAAGACAAAGAGCGCAGUGUACUGCGUACUGUUGUACGCGUCCAUCGCUGAUUUCCGGUCUCCGUGCAUUAACGCCGAAAGAGACGUCGCUGGGUUUCUUUCCUGGCCGGCUACAUAUUGCAGGAUCCAAACUUGCAAAAGUGCUCCACUAUUCGAAUUUACGAUACAUGGUCUCUGGCCCUCGAAGCCUGAUGGAAACACCUUGUAUCGGACGCCUCCUCCCGGCAUGCUAGAGAAUGUGUUUAUACAUCAAGAGGACAUGAAAAUGCAAGUUGAUCACUCAUUGAGGGAUAAACUCCGAACUAUUUGGCCAAAUUUGAAAGUUGGCCGUUCUGAUGAGUGGUUAUGGAUGUACGAGCGGAGGCAACAUGGCUAUAGUAUUGAGAGUGUACUCGACGUAACUGGUUACUUCAAUGCAGCAAAAACGAUAAAUGAGCUGAUGAUUGAUUAUCUACUUACCUAUUUAAAAGAUGAAGAAAUAAACCCAUCAGAAUCAUAUGAGAUAAAUAAGAUAAAGAUCGGCUAUAACCCGUCUAGUAGUAGAUUAUACUAA